GCCUUACCAGAAAGCAAAGCAGCUUUCUGAAACUUUUACGGCUGGAUUUCCAAUCUCAGAGCUUGUUUGGCUGCACUCUUUUCUCUUCCCUCUCCCUUUCUCCUUUAACUCUCCAGUGAGCCCCGCGUUCUGGUGCUUCGUCAGCUCUGAGGCAUGUCAAAUACUUGUAUUUGCUUUUAGAGCUAUGUGGGGGAUCCGAGCUGCGGUGCUGUCCGGCUCGUGAACAUUCCCAGUUUUCUCUCGUCCUCUGAUUGGCUGCCUGCGGUCACGUGAGGGCCCGGGGGUUGGAAUUCUGAGUUGUGGCUUUUGGCACGCCUUUUCUUUUUAAAAAAUAGCUCAGUCUGUUGCGCUCUCCUGGGCUUGGUGCCUUUGACGAGACUGGAAGCAGUCACAAACAGCCACUGGCAGACUGGGGCGGCGGUAGAAACGCUGCGGAGAUGUUCAGGCAGGUGCCCAGGACCCCAGCUUCAGGCUGCUACUAUCUAAAUUCCAUGACAACUGAGGGCCAGGAGAUGUACUUGCGAUUUGAUCAGACUGCCAGACGCUCUCCUUACAGGAUGAGCCGGAUUCUAGCACGCCAUCAGCUAGUGACUAAAAUUCAACAAGAAAUUGAGGCCAAGGAAGCAUGUGACUGGCUCCGUGCUGCUGGGUUCCCGCAAUACGCACAGUUGUAUGAGGAUUCACGAUUUCCCAUUAACAUUGUGGCUGUCAAGAACGAUCAUGAUUUUCUUGAAAAGGACCUUGUAGAACCUCUUUGCAGACGACUAAACACAUUGAAUAAGUGUGCCUCAAUGAAACUUGAUGUGAACUUCCAAAGGAAAAAGGGUGACGACUCAGAUGAGGAAGCUCUUUGUAUCAGCAACAAAUGGACUUUCCAAAGAACCAGCCGCAGGUGGUCUCGUGUGGACGACCUGCACACGCUGUUCCCUGGGGGAGACAGAAAUGGGUCACCGGGAGGACCUAGGAUGAGAAACACCACCAGCAGUGAGAGCGUCCUCACAGACCUGAGUGAGCCUGAGGUCUGCUCCAUUCACAGCGAGAGCAGUGGUGGCAGCGACGGCCGGAGCCAGUCUGGCCAGUACUGUGCCGACAGCCCGGUCAUGCUGGAGCCCACUCUAGUUGGCAGCAGCCUCCCACAGAACCCCCGGGACCUUCUCCAGCCUAAGCAUGAGAAACACACCAGGACCAGGGCCAAAUCGUUCUUGAAACGCAUGGAAACGCUCCGAGCCAAGGGAGCACACGGAAGACACAAGGGGCCAGGGCGAACAGGUGGUGUGGUGAUCAGCGGACCUGUUUUGCAACAGGAGCCAGAGUCCUUUAAGGCCAUGCAGUGCAUCCAAAUACCAAACGGAGAUCUUCAGAACUCAUCCGCAGCUGCCUGCAGAAAGGGGCUUCCAUCCAGCAAAUCCAGUGGUGAGAGCAGCCCUUCCGAGAACAGCAGCAGCGGACUGAGCACUCCAUGCCUAAAGGAGCAGAAGUGCCACUAUGAGGCCAGCAAGCGCGGGGGCAUGUACCUGGAGGACCUGGAUGUGCUGGCAGGGCCAGCACUACGGGCUACAGGAGACCAAAACCACACACAUGGGUUUCACUCCCAGGAAAACUUGGUUGUGCACAUUCCCAAGGAUCACAAACCAGGAACGUUUCCCAAGGCACUGUCUAUCGAAAGCCUCUCACCCACUGACAACAGCAAUGGGGUUAACUGGAGGACUGGGAGCAUCUCGCUGGGCAGACAGCAGAGCCCUGGCACAGGGAACCCUGGCCUCAUGGAAUCCUGUCACAGAGCAAGCCGAGUCAGUAUCUAUGACAACGUUCCCGGCUCCCACCUGUAUGCCAGCACGGGAGACCUGUUGGACUUGGAGAAGGAUGACCUCUUCCCUCACCUCGAUGACAUUCUGCAGCAUGUCAAUGGGCUCCAAGAGGUGGUGGAUGACUGGUCAAAGAAUGUCUUACCUGAACUACAAUCUCAUGACACAUUGGCUGGGGAACGCGGUUUGCCCCCCUUCUCAUCUCCUAAUCUGAUCACCUUAGAUUUUGAAGGUCACUCUGUGUCAGAAGGUCAGACGACACCCAGCGAUGUGGAAAGAGAUGGAACAUCUCUGAAUGACUCUGAGGCCCUAGGGGUCAGGGAAAGGAGGGAUUCUGGUGUGGGGGCCUCUCUGACCAGGCCGAACAGGCGGCUGCGAUGGAACAGCUUCCAGCUCUCGCACCAGCCUCGGCCGUCCCCAGCCUCGCCCCACAUCAGCAGCCAGACCGCCAGCCAGCUGAGCCUGCUCCAGCGAUUCUCGCUGCUGCGCCUCACGGCCAUCAUGGAGAAGUACUCCAUGCCCAACAAGCACGGCUGGACGUGGUCAGUGCCAAAGUUUAUGAAGAGGAUGAAAGUUCCUGAUUACAAAGACAAGGCUGUUUUUGGUGUUCCUCUCAUAGUCCAUGUCCAGAGAUCAGGACAACCUCUGCCUCAAAGUAUUCAACAAGCACUGAUCUACCUACGUAGCAACUGCCUCGAUCAGGUGGGUCUCUUCCGCAAGUCAGGAGUGAAGUCUCGAAUUCAUGCCCUCCGUCAAAUGAAUGAGAGCUUUCCUGAGAAUGUCAGCUAUGAAGACCAAUCUGCUUACGAUGUGGCGGAUAUGGUGAAGCAGUUCUUCCGGGACCUCCCCGAGCCACUUUUCACCAACAAGCUGAGUGAGACCUUCCUGCACAUCUAUCAGUUUGUCCCCAAAGAACAGCGGCUGCAGGCGGUGCAGGCUGCCAUCCUGCUGCUGGAAGAUGAAAACAGGGAUGUCCUGCAGACACUCCUGUGCUUCCUAAAUGACGUUGUCAACCUGGUGGAAGAGAAUCAGAUGACUCCCAUGAACUUGGCCGUGUGUCUAGCCCCCUCCCUUUUUCAUCUUAAUUUAUUGAAGAAAGAAAGCUCUCCGAAAGUCAUCCAGAAGAAAUAUGCCACUGGGAAACCAGAUCAAAAGGACCUCAAUGAGAAUCUGGCAGCAGCUCAGGGGCUUGCCCACAUGAUCAUGGAAUGCAACAAACUUUUUGAGGUCCCACAUGAGAUGGUGGCCCAAUCCCGUAAUUCAUAUGUAGAAGCUGAAAUACAUGUGCCUACCCUGGAGGACUUGGGGGCACAGCUGGAGGAGAGUGGAGCGACUUUCCACACUUACCUGGAGCAUCUCAUUCAAGGCCUCCAGAAAGAAAUCAAGGAGAAGUUCAAAGGAUGGGUCACAUGCUCCAGCCCUGACAACACAGACCUGGCUUUCAAAAAGGUGGGGGACGGGAACCCGCUGAAGCUGUGGAAGGCUGCUGUGGAGGUGGAGGCACCCCCGGCCGUGGUGCUGAACCGCGUGCUGAGAGAGCGCCACCUGUGGGACGAGGACUUCGUGCAGUGGAAGGUGGUGGAAACCCUGGACAGACAGACCGAAAUCUACCAGUACGUGCUGAACAGCAUGGCCCCCCAUCCUUCCAGAGACUUCGUGGUUCUCAGGACCUGGAAGACGGACCUGCCCAAAGGCAUGUGCACCCUAGUGUCCCUCUCUGUGGAGCACGAGGAAGCCCAGCUCAUGGGUGGUGUGCGAGCGGUGGUGAUGGAUUCUCAGUACCUGAUAGAGCCUUGUGGCUCUGGCAAGUCCCGACUGACCCACAUCUGCAGGAUGGACUUGAAAGGUCAUUCUCCAGAAUGGUACAGCAAAUGCUUUGGACAUCUUUGUGCUUCAGAAGUUGCCAGGAUUAGAAACUCUUUCCAGCCUCUCAUUGCUGAGGGUCCAGAAACUAAAAUCUGAGUUGUCCCCAGUGUGACAUCCAACUCAGGGAACAAGAAACUGAAACGAAUGCUGUGGCAGAGGAUGUGUGUGUGAGAAAGCAGGAGAGGCCCUGAUGGACGUGGCUUGUGCUUAAAAAUGGAAACACUGAGAAGUUGAAAUGCUGAAAAUGCAGAACUUUUCUGAGAACUUUUCUAGCCGUCCUGGAGAUGGCUGCAUCCCUAGUAAUAUAAUAUUUUUCAAAACUAGAAUAUUAAUCUAUAUUAGUUAAAAUUAAAUGGAUUAUUCCUGUGCAUUGCCUAAUUUACUAUUUAAAGGCUUCUAAGAAGCAUAUUCUUAACUGUAAAUAAAUAUGUGUGUAGCAUAUGUACAUAUAUAUGUAUAUCUAUCUUUACUGUAUAUGUGUAAAAUACCGAUUUUAUAGAUAGAGUGUCUGACUAGUGAGGCUCUUCCUCACACAGUUCUUGCCAAGAUGUUUUGGACUCCAUCUCCCCACUGUCCUGUAAGCUGAGAAGAGCCUUCUGCUAACACCAAGGUGUGAACAUGGAUAGUCUGCGGUCUGUCCUGAUGUCCAACCAAAGGCUAGAUAACCAAAGUAGCAUUAAAAGGUUCUUACGCGUUUUAGUAGUUUGCUUCUUUGUUUAGUAACUGAGCAUGGAGUAUUGGGGAAACUCAAAAGGAAAGAAUGUUUACGCCCCUUUACAGCAAAACAGUGAGUGAGAAGUUACUGCCAAAUUUAAAGCUUGAUUGCAAAGCUGCCAUUGGGUCUUGCAAAUGCAAUCUCAGUUAGAUGUCAGAUGGACUGAAACAACCAGUUUCCCUCCAGGUAGGACUGGAUAUCAGAGCCUUUGCAUAGUCACAGCCAAAGGGAACCACUGUGUUGUCUCAAAUUUUCAUACAUACUUUUUAUAAUGCUAAUAAAUGUUCUACUAUUUGACCAGUGGCCUAUGUAUGUGGUCACAGAUAAUUGGCAUUUUCUUACCAAUGUCUUGCACUGAAUUUGAAUCCAGACACCAGACAAAAAGAAAUGAUGGUCCUGUAAGAGUCUUGGACCACUGUAGCUUCAGGGAAUUCAUAUUGUGCUGUAUAUGAUGCUCUUAAAGUAUAAUUCAUUCAAACCUGACAGUAUGAAAGACAGGAUUUUUAACUAACAUAAGACCAAAACUGUAUUCUUUAGUUUUAGAAAAUAUAAACAGAUAUAUUAAUCCUAUGUCUCUUCAUUAGCUACCUAUCCAUUUGAUCCCACCUUAUUUAUUAUUGUAUAGGCUAAGCAAAUUGAUUUUCCUUAACCAAUUGUCAAUGAAUUUAAGUUGGUUUUUAUUGUAAUUCAACUCUUGUACAGAAAAAAAUAACUUAUUGUACCUGGAUUUAAAGACAGAAAUUCUCUUUGAUUGUCCAUAACAGAGACUGAUAUCAUGGUUUAGCAACUGAUAUUGGAAGGAAAAAAGUGUUCAUUCUUUUUGUAUAGUAUGCAUUGAUGUAAUGUUUUAUCAAAAAAAGUGCAAUUGUUUUGUUGAGAGGAAUAUGCUAUCUAUGAGUUUGAUAUGGUGCAAGAAAAGUCAUACUAGGAAUUCUUCAUUUCGAUUCUUCCUAAGAAGACAGCAGCGAACUCCUACCUUACCAUUCAACUCCGUCCAGAAAUUCAUUUCUGCCAUCACAUCUUAAAUUAACCAAAUUAAUUAAUUAUUAAGUAAUAAUACCAGAUUACUUGUUAAGCAUUGACAUGAUGCUUACUGAAGUUUAAUCUAGCUAAGCACUGGUCCCACUCCAGAGAUGGGACAUUAUGUAUGUAAGACAUAGAAUAGGCCCACAGGGUGAACUGCGCUGUGUCACACGGCUCAGGCUCCUCCAACUUCAGGGUGCACAGGAGUCCCCUGGGAAUUGUGCUAAUGUGCCCGCUCUGAUUUCGGCUGCCUACAGUGGGCCUGACCCUCUGCAUUUCUCAUGAGUCUCAGGGAUGCCCAUGCUGCUAACCACAAGGACACACUGAGAAACGAAGACCCAGAGGACACUUAAAACAGAAUAAAAAUACGACUAUAUAUCUGACUCCCCUCUCUUCCCAUUACCUGACUUUGAUUUUAUGCAUAUACUAAUCACCUUACUGCUGCUUAAUAACAUGGUGCAUCUUUAAAAUAAAGGGAGGAACAAAAGAAGAAAGAGAUGCAUCAGCUUAUUUGUCAAAUACCAUAGUAUUUUACUCAUUGUUAUCUUGCCAAUGGAAAUAAAAUAUGAUAUUGCAUUUAAAUAUUCUAUUUAUACCUCAUGUAUAUUUUACCUCAAUUGUUGGUAUCAAUCAUCAAUUGUAAAUAAGUAAUUGCCAAGGUAAAUAAAUUUAUAUACAUUAAAUAUUUCUUAUUUUCGAUAAAA